CGAGAACAAAUGAAUAAACUGAUUACAAAAUCAGGCUAGCAAACAAAACCCUGCAGCCCUGAGUGAGUUUUAAAAUGUACAGAAUUUAAAUUGAAAGGUGUUGCCAAAGAAGUGGUCUGUAUACUGGUAUGUCUGUAUGUAUGUCUGUUACCUAAAAGUAAAAUUGUAAAAGUAUUACUGUAUUAAAUGAAUUCAUACAUACUCCAGAAAUAAUGCUGAAUUACUUAGUACAUGUAGUGAAUAAAAGGAAAACUAGAUUAUGUAACAUUCGUUACCCUAUUAUCGCCACUCGCCAAUUUUCGCCACACGCCUUUAGAAUCGCCCUGCUGCAGUCGCACUUUCAGAUAGCGCUGAAUAUGAGUUGUUUUCGGAUUGCGACGUCAUAAGUGAUAAAUAUUAAACAUAUUCUGUCACCCGGUGGCGUAAAGACAUUUCAAUAAAAACAUACAUUUUUGUAAAAUGUAAAAAUCAGCUGAUAUCACGCUUGGCCAACUUUUUGGGAGGGCGGUAAUUACUAAUUAACAGCCCAAAAUGGCGUGACAGUGUUUAUUUAUUUUAGUUUUUGUCAGUCAGUGUUAGAUCGACGUUGAAUCAAGUUUGAAAUGGGAAGUGUUUGUAAAUAUCGUGCUGUUGUUAAUUAUUGUAUCCGCAGAAAAUUUUGGCUCGCCAAAAAGGAGAACCGGAAAAAUCGUGAAAAAACAAAACAGCAAUGCUCAAUAAUGUGAGGACAAACACUAAAAAGAAGUGUUAUCAAAUCUUUAACAGUAACGGUAGUCUCAUUUAAUAAAAAAAACUCCCGAUUUCGCUGACCGCCAGAUCGCCGAACCACCAUGCUACGAUGCGCAAUUUUUUAAUUUUGAUGACGUCAUCAUAUAUAACUUUGAAGUGAAAAACAAAUCUCGUAGGGCCUACAUAAAUGUUUGAAAUAAAUAAAAGUAAUAACCUUCUAGCAGCAGCAACACUCUUUAAUCAUUGAAAAUUUCAGAGCAAAUGAUUAGAUAUGUAUUUAAAGAGAAAAGCUAUUGAAAAAAAAGUUUGACAUAAGUGGCGAUAAUAGGAUGAUCGUAGUUCCUAUUAUCGCCAUACCCACAUUUCCACUAUAUUCGUGAGGUGUCGCCAUAGCAAAUUCAUUUCGCGACUCGCUGCUGUCGGCAUUUUUUCCUCCCAUCGGUAGCUAAUGUUCAGAGACAAUAUAGAGAAAUUAUUACCAGAAGUAGAUAGACUUCGGAUGGAUUGUAAUAAAAAGUGGCGAUAAUAGGGUAACGUACGUUAACUUUUCAUUUAUUUUUCCAUACCUGGUAGUUAGAAUAAUUUAAUUGACUCUGAAGUCUGAAAGUGUUUCACCAGCUAUGGAAGAGGCUGAUAGAGCUCUAGCAUUAGCGCUACAGGAAGAAUAUGAUAAAGAAUAUGCCAAUCCUGGUGAUGAAUAUGAUCAGUAUGAUACACAAAUGAUAAACAACAAUGUUCUUCAAUCGAAAAAGUUUCAUGAUGGCAAGGAAAAGCCAAAAUCAAUUGUUGAUCCUUCAUGGGAACUUCUUGAUCCAAGCCCUGAUGUCCGUGUGAUGUUUCAAGAAUUUAAUGCCAUGUAUUUCUGGAGUAAAUUAAGCAUGGUUGAAGUUCGAUGGAGUCCGAGAAUGACAUUAUGUGCUGGGUUGUGUUGUUACGAAGGUAGAGGAGGUCUAUGUUCUAUCAGGUUGAGUAAACCGUUACUUCAACUCAGACCAAGAAAAGAUCUUGUUGAAACUUUAUUGCAUGAAAUGAUACAUGCAUUGCUGUUUGUCACUGAUAAUAACAAAGAUCACGAUGGACAUGGGCCGGAAUUUUGUAAACAUAUGUACAGAAUUAACAAAGAAACUGGUACAAAUAUAACAAUUUAUCAUAAUUUUCACGAUGAAGUUGAUCAAUUGCGUCAGCAUUGGUGGAGAUGCCAAGGAUCGUGCCGUACGAAACCACCCUAUUUUGGUUUUGUCAAACGUUCAAUGAAUAGAGCCCCAUCACCAAGAGAUACUUGGUGGCCAAGACAUCAAAUGACGUGUGGAGGAACAUAUAUCAAGGUGAAAGAACCUGAAAAUUUUGGGAAGAAAAAAGAAAAAAAGGAGAAACCCAAAGAAAAAGAAAUCACAUCGUUUUUGUCACAACAAACUAAGAAAGGUAAAGAACUACGAGACUCUGUUGAACAAACAAAUCCUGUAGUGCAGUCAAGAUCUAACGAUACUGGUGAAUCUUCUAAAACUGGCAAUCGCUUGGGAGGCCAAAUUUAUCAAAAAGAUAAUAGUGGUCGUGGGAUACUAGCAUACAGUAGAUUACUUUCUAAAUUUGACAAUAAGGAUACUAAUAAUACCAAAUUAAAUUCUAAUAUUAAUUUGCUGGAGAGUCCAACAACGGAUAAAAAGCAACCCAGUUUGGAAGAUAGAUGGGGAAACUUACUUUCAGGGAAACGAAAAAACAUUGUUAACAAUCGUGUGGUUCCAAAAAAGAAAGCAAAGGAUGAAAUAACAAUACCCGAAUUGCUAGAGAGAAUGAAGCGAAAAGGAAAAAAGUCUGUUAAUGCGGGUGCUCCAGCUUUUGUUUGCACUCCGGCACUGACAAGUUACAGCAAACGGGCUAUCCAUUUUCAUGAUAGCCAAGAAGAACGUGAGAAUUCACAGUCUGAUAAAGAGAAUAUUAAUGUAAAAAUUCACCCUGUGAAACGUGCAAACACCAUCGGAGUUGAAGACGAUAAAAAAAAUAUCCUAUUUGUUAAAAAAGAAUCUACGGAUGUAGGAAAUAAUGACAUUUUAAAAACGAGUCAUAAAAACAAAAAUAAGGUUAAUCUUCCUUCAUUCGACAGUGACAGCGAUGAAGAAUGUUCUCUUACAGAUGUUCUGAACAGAAGUAAGAGACAGGAUGGAUCGACAUCUGCUUUAUUACGUUCAAAAAUCGCUAUCAUUUCUGACGAUGAUGAUGAUGACUUACCUGAAAUAGAAUUUUCGUUCAGUCAGGUUUUCGGUAGCAAUGAUGAUUCACAAGGAGAUGUUGCAGAAGCGUCAACUUUAAAAAACGAUGCUGUUACAAGGAUAAAAAGUGGAAGUCUCUCAAAACGGCUCCCAUCUUUGAGUGAGAGUGAUGACAGUGAGACUAUGGUAGGAAACAUGCUGAAAAAACCUGCCAAUAAAAAGUUGAAAAUAGAUGACAAUCCAUGUGGUACUGAAAAUAUUAAUCCUAAUUUGGUAUUUAGCUCUGAGCCUGUAAUCGAUACAGCUCCUUGUCCUAUUUGUUGCAAUGAAGUUCCAAUCAGUACAAUUAACUCUCAUAUUGAUGAAUGCUUGUCUUUAAAAGCGAUAAGAGAUUCUGCAUUCGAUUAAACAGUGUGCUUUAUAUUAAAAGAUUCAUAUUUUUUGCAGAACACAAUGAUGUACUGAUUAGGCCCUUUUCUCGCCUAUUGAUAUUUACGUCAUUAUUCUAGUUGAAAAUUUCUGGUUCUGGGUUUUUGUUAGUAUUGUACCGAUCUUUUACCCAUGACCUUAUUCCAGUUGUAUUAAAUUGAGUAGAUUAUGCUUUCUGAAAAUACUUCGUUUAAUUCAGACUAAUUAGCGCGUUGCUUGUAAAAAUAUUUUCUGCAAGAAUCGUUGAUUAGCUAGAUGACUUUUAAAUUCGUUGUUUGUGUUGACUUUUAUGGUACAUGCAUUGUGUAUCUUCGUGAAGUAUUGAAAAUCAGGUUUAGUUAUGUAUGCUAUCUAUAGUUAUAUAUUUUAUAGAUAAUAAUACAAUACUAUAACUAUUUUAAUUACCUCAAAACUUUACAAAAAUUUCUGUAAAUUGUUGAAAUAUUUAUUAUCCCUUAUUUUUUAGUCAAUCGUCAUUCCAAGAUUUUUAUAGAAUUAUGUUUCACAUCUGUGCUGUUAUGAAGAACCAUAUAUAUCGAUUUAUUACUAGGCAAACAUCAUUCUAGAACGCGUCCAGAAGUUUGGAAAUGAACAUUUUUGCUCUAUACCAUUGUUAAUACUUUCUUGAUAUGCACUUCAGUGGUUUAAUUUUUGUACAUGUCCUCAAAUAAUGUUGUCAAAAACUGAAAAUGUUUAAUUUUUGUAUAUUUUAUAUACAAUAUUCUUAAAUUUUAUUUCUCCUUAUAAAUUAAUACAGUUAUAGUCAUUGCUGCUUGUGAAAAUUGUUAGUCUUGUUCCAAAAUGAAUAAGAAUGUCGUAUCAGCCACCAUUUCUUUAUAGCUUUUCUGACGCACUUUGUGGUCUAUAAUCUGUGCAAUAUGGUUUCAUUACAUUGUGACUAUUUUACCUGCAGUCUUACUUACCAUUAUUCAGGAAAGUUACAGUACUCUUCUCAAUAGCAUUCAAUUUUUCAUUCACCUUGUUUAUUCGUGCACAUAACCAUUUCGUUUCUUCUUCGUUUUUCGUUCUCUGUUGUUUCACGUCUGCAUUUUAUGCAAUAUUCAUGA